CGGAAGCAACAGCGGGGCGUCAACGGUUUUUGAUUCCAGGGUUCUGCAGUCGGCCACGUGGCACCCCGACGCGGCACCACGCAGCGCGUCUCCACCGUCUCGCACGCAAAGGCUCGCGCAGAGAACACGAGGCCCAUAUGGGGGCCAUUGAACCAUGAAUGGCCCAGUCGAUUCUUGAGUCCUGCCCAGCACGUUAGGCUCGCAGUGCGGCUACACAGGGCCAAUUGAUUCCGUUCACCCUCCUGCCUCGUCCUCCUCCGUAGCCAGUCUUGCCCCAGCCGCGUCUCGAGGGUCCAGUGCAAUCAUGGCGCGCCGCAGAGAAGUGGAAGAGCUCAAGGCUGCAUUGUUACCAAUGCCUCUGCCAGGCUUAUCAGCGCUUGUUUUGGCGAGCGCCACGUACGGACAUUUGUAUAGAGUGGGCGGGGCACUGGCGAUUUUGCGGGAUCUGGGCCAUGCAACUCCAAGCCGGAAAGAUGUUCAGCUUGCGCACGAGAAGAUGCAGAGGUUUUUCCCGCAGUAUCUUCCUCCAGCGCCAUCGUGCAUUGCACCGUAUCAAGCGCGCCCCGGCAAACCGCAAUGCUGCAAUCAAGCCUUCGAUGUUCAUGUUGAGGAGUUACCUUUGAAACUACAUUCAUCCAGGAACGGCACGGUAGAAGGAUGCUGCAUUGAAAAGGCACUGCUCACAAUGUGGGACGUUCUACAUGGGGUGCUGGUCUUACCAACGGAACUCGGCAGAUCUAGGUGACAUCCGAAAGUUGUGUCUUGCGCCAUCGGGAUGUCCAGAACCGUACUUCGUUGGCUUCUCUUCCGCUCAUGGAAGGCACUGCGUCGGCCUGGCAGCGGAGGACAUGCGCCGAGUGCGCCACGUGCUGCAUCAUGCGCGAGGGCCUUUCACAGCAGUAGCGGGAAUGCUGAUAGAGGAGAGCGGGUGUCCGAAGUUGGAGGCGGCUGGCCCUGCCAAUCUCAGGGCGCGGGUGAUUGUGCCCUUGUGGGUGCCUUCCAUGCCGUCGACAUUUUUAGCCGCUGCAGAGGUGGGCGAUGUAGAUUGGACACCGUGGUGCCAUCAAGACCGAAAUCUGACUGACCAGUGGCUUUUCUCCUUGCGCGGUAUGAUCCGCAAGCGGUUCGUGCACAAGUGGCUCUUGCUACGCGUGCAAAAUUGCGCCACUUGCUCCAAUCUGUUCGGGCUAGACGGGAAGCGCGGCAUGAAGUGGUUCGUCUGCGCGUGCUUGGACGGGGGCCGCGCCCGCGUCCCCGAACUCGGCCUCUGGGUAUCAGAACCGUGUCCGUUCAGUCCCUUGCAGGGCAGCUUGUACCACGCGAAGCGCGGGGGCAACGACGAGGACGACGAGGCCGAGCCCGACGUGUGGAUCGCGCAACACCGCCGCACUGACGGCGCCCACUUGCAGCGCAGGGUCGAGACUAGCGACGCUGACGGCCUGACCCGAAAAGCUUGGUUCGACUCCCCGCUCGUCGGCCGCCCACUGGCACGGGCGCGCGAACAGGGCAUGCUCCCCGAGAAGAAAGCCCAGGGCGAGAGGGGGGAAGUGCGGCGCAGGGCGCGCGCGUCUGACGUCGGACAGGCCGACGCCGCCAACGUCUUCACGGAGGCCGACAGCGACGGGGGCCCCUGCGGCAUAGAUAAGGCUGCCCAGGACGCGGGCCCUUCCGAGCACGUCCAGAAGUGGAGCCGCCGACGGCUCGACUUCUGAUUCGGGUCGAUGGG